AUGUCGGCCUACCUUGCCGCGCGACAGGCCUUCUCGCCUUCGUGUCCUGCGGGAGGAACCUGGUGGGCCUGCGGGUAUGGAACAUACUUUGUCGGCUGCUGCGCAAGAGACCCAUGCGACAUUACUUGCGCCCAAGGCAACCUUUACCCAGGUGCUUUCGAUCCAAAAGCAUAUGGCACAUUUCCCGAUGCUACAUGUGGGACUGGAAGCAAGUUUUAUACUUGCUCUGCAGGACAAACAUUUUGGGGCUGCUGCAAAACGAAUCCAUGUGCCCAAUCUGGCUGUCCCGACGGUGAUCUCGAACCCGCAAUCUUGAACCGUGAUGACCUGCGCAGUGCAUAUCAUGCUACCGGGUCUGCAACAACCUCUAGCACCUCAGGUCCAUCUGCUGCAGCAAAUAAAUCGGAUGAUGGGGUACCAGUAGGGGCCAUAGCAGGCGGCGCAGCAGGCGGCGCAUUCGCCAUAGCAGCUAUAAUCGGUAUCAUCGUAUGGUGCUUAUGUCUACGAAGGAAGAAGAAGGCAAAAGCAAAAGCAGCCGAGCACUAUGGAGAAAUAAACGGAGACGGAUUACCAGUCAACGGCGUGAGCGAGUUCCAUAACAAGCACUACCGUAACCAAAGUUCCGAAUCACCCCCCUCAUACACCUCGCCCAACCCCAACCACCCAAACGGCUUCUACCCCCCUUCUACCCACACCUACCAGCACAAUUACGACCCCUCCGUAGCAGCCCACAACUACACCACCCCGCAAGAGCUCCCCCUUUCCACACCCCAAACCCCCCAAACCCCCGCCCAGUUCCGCACCCACAAAAGCAUGUACAGCCACGCGCGCGGACCCUCGGAGCUCUCAGGCGACGAACCCCGCAACGAGCUCGACUCGGGCGACCCCGCGAGCCCCGAGCUGAGCGGCAGUAUAGGCGUUAGUCCUGCGACUAGGAAGUGGAGCUGGGAUGACAAUAAAGAGAAGAUGGAGUUGGCGACGCAGUAUGAGCAUCCGCACGAGGAUAAUGCGGUUGGUGGGGUGGGCAGCAGGGAGGAGGGGAUCGGGGUUGCGAUUGGGGAGCCGCGGGGGGAGGGGGCCAGGGUUAUGCCGGUGUGGCGGGAGCAGACUGUUGGUGAGGCGGGGGGUGAGGUGGUGGAAGAGGAGCAGAGGGUGAGGAAUCAGAGGGGGAGUAGAGGCCGGGCGCCGCAGGGGCUGGGGUUUAUUGAGAUUUUGGAUGAUAUGGCGGAAAGGAGGGGGGAGAUGGAUGCACAGAGGGCGGAGAGGCGGAGGUGA